AUGGAUCGUCAGAAUCGGGAUCUUCAGGGUGCAGUAUCGCGAGAUGAUCUUCAAGCAGUCAAAGGCCUAUUACAACAAGGUACUGACGUAAACCAACCAGAUCAAAAUGGAGACAAUCCAUUACACAUGGCCGCACAACGUGGCAAGAAAGAUAUCGCGAAGUUUCUCGUUAAACAUGGUGGUGAUGUAGAGAAGGAGAACGAAGAUGGACAAACACCCUUACAUCUUGCCGCAUCAUAUGGAAAUCUUAAAGAAACCAAGGUGAUACUCGGGCACGGUGGAAAUGUGUACAAAGAGGACAACACAGGCUACAGCGCAUUACUCAACGCUGUAAAGAAUGGUCACAAGGAUGUGGUGCAGUACUUCAUCAGUCAAGGCACCAGUGUGAAUAAAGUCAAUAGUGAAGGACAGACACUCUUGUAUAUCGCUGCCGGUUUAGGCAAGAUUGACAUGGUGAAAUACUUGAUUAGUGAAGGAGCUGAUAUACAUUGUACACAUGGAAACAAUUUAUUGCCAUUGGAAAACGCUUCAUCGUUUGGUAAUGUAGAGGUAGUUAAGUAUCUUGUAAGUAAAGGAGCUGAAGUGAAUAAAGGAAAGAAUGAUGGUUGGACUGCAUUGCACAGUGCUGCUCAGAAGGGUCACCUUGAUGUAACCAGAUAUUUGAUAAAUCAAGGAGCCGAGGUGAAUAGGGUUGAUAGUAAUGGUUACAGUGCAUUGCGUGAAUCUGCUUUCAAUGGUCAUGUUGAGGUCAUCAAAUAUUUGAUUAGUCAGGGAGCUGAGGUGAAUAAGGGAGAUAAUGAGGGCACGACUCCUUUAAUUGUUGCUGCUCAAGAAGGUCAUCUGGAUACAUGUGAAUAUCUGAUCAGUCAAGGAGCUGAGGUGAAUAAGGGAGAUAAUGAGGGCUGGACUUCAUUACAUCUUGCUGCUCAAGAAGGCCAUCUGAAAACAUGUGAAUAUCUGAUCAGUCAAGGAGCUGAGGUGAAUAAAGGAAGGAAUGAUGGUGGGACUGCAUUGCACAGUGCUGCUCAGAACGGUCACCUUGAUGUAACCAGAUAUUUGAUAAAUCAAGGAGCCGAGGUGAAUAGGGUUGAUAGUAAUGGUUACAGUGCAUUGCGUAAAUCUGCUUUCAAUGGUCAUGUUGAGGUCAUCAAAUAUUUGAUUAGUCAAGGAGCUGAGGUAAAUAAGGGAGAUAAUGAGGGCACGACUCCUUUAAUUGUUGCUGCUCAAGAAGGUCAUCUGGAUACAUGUGAAUAUCUGAUCAGUCAAGGAGCUGAGGUGAAUAAGGGAGAUAAUGAGGGCUGGACUUCAUUACAUCUUGCUGCUCAAGAAGGCCAUCUGAAAACAUGUGAAUAUCUGAUCAGUCAAGGAGCUGAGGUGAAUAAAGGAAGGAAUGAUGGUGGGACUGCAUUGCACAGUGCUGCUCAGAAGGGUCACCUUGAUGUAACCAGAUAUUUGAUAAAUCAAGGAGCUGAGGUGAAUAGGGUUGAUAGUAAUGGUUACAGUGCAUUGCGUGAAUCUGCUUUCAAUGGUCAUGUUGAGGUCGCAAAAUAUCUGAUUAGUCAGGGAGCUGAGGUGAAUAAGGGAGAUAAUGAGGGUGCGACUCCUUUAAUUGUUGCUGCUCAAGAAGGCCAUCUGAAAACAUGUGAAUAUCUGAUCAGUCAAGGAGCUGAGGUGAAUAAAGGAAUGAAUGAUGGUUGGACUGCAUUGCACAGUGCUGCUCAGAAGGGUCACCUUGAUGUAACCAGAUAUUUGAUAAAUCAAGGAGCUGAGGUGAAUAAAGGAAGGAAUGAUGGUGGGACUGCAUUGCACAGUGCUGCUCAGAAUGGUCAUCUUGAUAUAAGCAAAUAUCUGAUCAGUCAAGGAGCUGAGGUGAAUAAAGGAAUGAAUGAUGGAUGGACUGCAUUGCACAGUGCUGCACAGAAGGGUCACCUUGAUGUAACCAGAUAUUUGAUAAAUCAAGUUGAUCACAAGCAAACAGAGGAUAAUAAAUUCUACUCCCCGUUACUCAUUGCAGUAACAUGUGGUCACGUCGAUGUGGUAGAAUUCUUUCUUGGUCAGGGAUCCAGUGUGAAUAAGGGCAAUUCGAAGCGUUGGACACCUUUAUACAUUGCAGCAGGAUUCGGUAAGCUUGACAUGGUGAAAUACCUGAUCAGAGAAGGAGCCGAUGUAAAUUGUACAUAUGAAAAUAAGUUAUCCUCAUUGUCUCAUGCUGCAGAAUUUGGCCAUGUAGAGGUAGUGAAAUAUCUGAUCAGUCAAGGGGCUGAGGUGAAUAAAGGAGAUGGUGAUGGUUUGAAUCCUUUGCACUAUGCUGCUCAGAAUGGUCAUCUUGGUACCUGUGAUUAUCUGCUCAGUCAAGGAGCUGAGGUGAAAAACGGAAAUGAUAAUGGCUGGAAUCUGUUUAAUGCUGCUUCCGACGGUCAUACAUUCAUUGCCAAAUAUCUUAUCAGUCAAGGAGCAGAAGUCAAUGAGGAAAAUUCCAAGGAAGGUACUCCUUUACACUAUGCUGCUAAAGGAGUUCAUCUUGGCACCUGCAAUUAUCUGCUUAGCCAAGGAGCUAAUGUAAAAAAGGGAGACAGUGACGGAUGGUCUCUGUUUAGUGCUUCUUCCUGCAAUCAUAUAUUCAUCGCCCAAUAUCUGAUCAGUCAAGGUGCCGAGGUUAAUAAGGGAGAUAGUGAUGGCCGCACUCCAUUACAGGUUGCUGCUCAAGAAGGUCGUCUUGACAUGUGCGAUUAUCUGAUCAGUGAAGGAGCUGAGGUUGGCGAGGGAGAUGGUGAUGGUUGGACCCUGUGUAGUGCUGCUCUAAACGGUCACCAAUUCAUCACCAAAUAUUUGAUCAGACAAGGUGCUAAGGUGAAUGAUAGAUAUAAUAUUGGUCGAACUGCUUUACACAUUGCUGCUCAAAAUGACCAUCUUGAAGUCACCAAGUGUCUCAUAGGUUAUGAGGCAGAUGUCAAUACGACCGAUAAUCAGGGAUGGACCCCCUUACACGUUGCUGCUAAAGGCGGCCAUUUUGAUAUAUGCGAGUAUUUGAUUGGUCAAGGAGCUGAGGUUAAUAAUAAUGAUAAUAAAGCAUUUGCUUCGUCAAGGAGCUAA